CGUGUUUUGCACUCACACUACAAGAUUUCGUCUUUAAUGUGUAUGUACACGCGUAUACGUAUACGUUCUAAGUUUCGUUACGUCACGUGUACUGUCGUCAUAUUUGGCGAUCUCUCGAUGUGUCGGCGAAAAUAUCGAUUAUCCGCGGAUUCGUGGCCUUUGUCAGAGCGAAUAACGAUUAGCACGGGGUGAGUCAGAUCGAAUCUACGUAUUAGCGUGGCGGGGAUAGAUGUCACACAGUACCACGUAUAUGGAACAUAAAAAACCAAAAAAAUGAAAAUACGCAGCCGGUGACUUGGAUCGGAGUUCGUGAUCUCGCGCAUAAUAAGAGAAAGAAAAGGAAAACAUCUAUACGUAUAUAGAACAUCUACUAUUAUUACGCGGAAUUAAAAUUGCGAAAGCUUACUAAUUGUUGGACCGUGUAAAUGGACGCAGAUGCGCCACCGCCGAUCUUGCUGCCGUGCGCGAUUUGCGCGCGGACCUUCAUGCCGCAGUCGUUGGAGAAACACACGAGGAUAUGCGAGCGCGCCGCUGCCAAAAAGCGCAAGCCCUUCGACUCGGCUAAGCAGAGGAUCCAAGGUACUGAGUUGGCCGAAUUCCAACCUAAGCAGGAGAUCCGACGACAUCACCAGGACGAGAGGUCCAGGUCCACCUGGAAGAAGACCCACGACGACUUCUUGCGGACGAUUCGUGAGGCACGCGGCGAUGUUAUGGAUUCGCACAAGCAAUGUAAUUCGCUGAUAUCGUCGGGCGCACCAACACGAGCCAACGAGAAAGGCACAUGUCCCACGUGUAACCGGCAGUUCGGUAUUAAAGCCUAUGAUCGACAUGUGGCUUGGUGCAAAGACAGAGUUACCCGGAUGCCGGUGAGUCCGGCGACCAAUCUGGCGAAGGAACGAUUGGAGGCACGUAUGAGGUAUAGGGCACCGGUUUUGAAAAACCGACGAGCUAUCAAUCGUGAAAAGUACAGCCCGAGCUCGGCAACAAACCAGGCUGCCAAGGCCUCAUUGUCAUCACCGGCGCUGGUUAGACCAAAGGAGACUAUCUCGAGUAUCAGUUGCAAUCGAGAGAGUUCUGUCAGGCAGAAACCUGCUAUUGUAAGACGUUCUGGACAACUCAAGGACUCUCCUCCUUCAUCCGGACCUAUAAAGUCACGUCUUGUCGAUCGUAUGAAUAGCGGUACUUGCAAGGACUACGAUCCCUUUCUGCUGGCCGAGCAGCAAAUGAACGACCUGCUGUCGGAUACGAGUGAUCAAUCUAUAACGGGGAGUCCUAAAGUCCAGCAAACUCGUGAUAUCCUUUAUCCUCUCUCGCACUCCUCCGCCUUUGUAAAAUAUCCUCCUACCGACAGGAGGUCGUCCCUUAUAGCGCCACCUACUGAAUUCGAUGACCUUUUAUCCAAUUUCUCAAGUGAUUCCACUGAAACCAACUCUAUUUCGCGCGAGGUCUUCCUGAAGUCCGACCUCGCGAACAAAAAUGCGACAGAUUCCGUGACCGCAAAACCUGUUAGAGAAUUGGGCAGACGAGUCAUUAUCGAUAAAUCAAAGGCACUGGGCGUCGACGAGCGUCGCGGUGUCGUCAGUGCGGAUAGAUCGCGUAAGAUCUUUGAUAAAGACGCGCUCAGGAAUACAGGACCGUUAAUUAACCGAUCCAACUCGAUCCGAGCCUCGUCUGCGCCCAGAAUCAACUCGGGUCCUGACCGAAAGACCUCAGGCGAUAUGAGAAAGGGUUCCAGAAAUGCUGAGAGUCAGAGGUCGUCUGAUCAGAGUUUCAAUCAAAGAAACAAUAAUUACUCGUCCCUAUGUGGCAGUAACCUCAGUCUCAAUUCGAUCGUCUCCUCCUCGGAGUUGGACGUCAAGCGAUCGAACUCGAUGUUCGACGAACUGAUGACGUCCUUCGAGGAGGACGCGUUUCCCGGACUAAGAUCCUUCCUCAAUAACGAAUCCUUCGAACUGUCCAGCCCCGGCGGUGACAGACAACGAAAUGGCAGCCUGAUCAGCGACGAGGAACUAUCCUCUCCCGACAGCUAUAAGCCGCAAGAUCACAGCAAGCUCAGCAAUGACUCAGCCUAUAGCAGUUUAAAUCGCAAAUAUUCGCACCAUGGACGCAGCGCCAACGACAUGAUCGACCGUCUUGAUGAGGAUGCACCCAGGAACGGGACAUCACCGACUCAGACGACAAUCAAGUACAAGAUGUCCAAGUUCUGUCACGAAUGUGGUCAGCGAUUUCCAGAAACCGCCAAGUUUUGCUGCGAGUGCGGUGUCAAAAGACUCGCGCUGUGAAACGCAACAUUGUUCUCUGAGAGUCGUCUCUAUAUAUCACAUUGUAUUUUGAUAUACUAAAACACGAACUGAAGAAAAAAUAUUA